UUAAGCUGAACCAGCAGGCGUACGCUGCAGCUCCUUCGGCAGCCGAGGUUUAAAAGUCGACUCGAUCUUCUGAGAAGUCAAACGCAGACCCUGGGAGGAGCAGCUGUGGAGUUUAAAGCAGUUUAAAAGGGAGCUCGGUGUAGGUGUCUUGGGCCCCCUGCAGGAUGCUGCCUCCGCGGAUGCUGUGGGGAGCUGUGGCGCGUCAGGUUGCUCCGCGACUCACCUACAGCACUGCUGCACAGCCACAGCAGGUGAAGCCAAAAAAGACCAAAUUUGGUCCUCUGAGUGACCAAGAUCGAAUAUUCACUAACUUAUAUGGCCGGCAUGACUGGAGACUCAAAGGAGCACUAAAAAGAGGAGACUGGUAUAAGACCAAGGAGGUCUUACUGAAGGGACAGGACUGGAUCCUGAAUGAGGUGAAAAUCUCAGGACUUCGGGGCAGAGGGGGAGCAGGAUUCCCAACAGGCAUGAAAUGGAGUUUCAUGAACAAACCCAGUGAUGGCAGGCCAAAGUAUCUGGUAGUAAAUGCUGACGAGGGUGAGCCUGGGACGUGUAAAGACCGCGAGAUAAUGCGUCAUGACCCCCAUAAGCUGGUAGAGGGCUGCCUGGUGGCUGGGAGAGCCAUGGGAGCUCGUGCCGCAUACAUCUACAUUCGAGGGGAGUUUUACAACGAGUCAUCAAACCUGCAGGUGGCCAUUAAUGAGGCAUACAAAGCAGGGCUGAUGGGAAAGAACGCCUGUAGCUCUGGGUAUGACUUUGAUGUAUUUGUUAUGCGGGGAGCUGGAGCAUACAUCUGCGGAGAGGAGACGGCACUAAUCGAGUCUCUUGAGGGCAAACAAGGGAAGCCCCGACUCAAGCCGCCUUUCCCUGCAGACAUAGGGGUGUUUGGAUGCCCAACAACAGUGGCCAACGUGGAGACAGUUGCUGUGGCGCCUACGAUCUGUCGUCGAGGCGGAGCUUGGUUCGCCAGCUUUGGGAGGGAGAGGAACUCUGGGACAAAACUGUUCAACAUCUCUGGUCACGUGAACACCCCAUGCACAGUGGAGGAAGAGAUGUCUAUUCCUCUGAGGGAGCUGAUAGAAAGACAUGCAGGAGGAGUGAGAGGCGGCUGGAGCAAUCUAUUAGGAGUGAUCCCAGGGGGGUCCUCCACUCCCAUCAUCCCUCAGCAUGUGUGCGAUGAUGUGCUGAUGGAUUUUGAUGACCUGCUUCGCGCAGAGAGUGCCCUGGGAACCGCAGCUGUCAUAGUCAUGGAUAAAUCGACUGAUGUGAUCCGAGCCAUUGCACGCUUGGUUGAGUUCUACAAACACGAGAGCUGUGGCCAGUGCACACCCUGCAGGGAGGGAGUGGACUGGAUGGAUAAAAUAAUGUGGAGAUUCGUGCGAGGGGAGGCAGCAGGUUCAGAAAUCGACAUGAUUUGGGAGCUCAGUAAACAGAUUGAGGGACAUACCAUUUGUGCCCUUGGGGAUGGAGCUGCUUGGCCUGUGCAGGGUUUGAUCCGCCACUUCAGGCCAGUUAUGGAGCGCCGCAUUGCUCAGUAUAACAAGAAAAAUCCUCCAAGAGAGCCAGAGAUUGAGAUGAUCUGAAAGUGAAAUGUCUCCAUAGACCGACCAUUUUAAAAUACAAAUAUUUCUUGUUGAUCAAAGUUAUGCACAUUACAAAAGCUAUGCAGUUUGUCAUGUGUGGACACGUAGUCUGCUUUGGUGAUAUAAAUGCAUAUAAAUCCUUGACUUAGUUAACUGCCAACUAUAUCAAAACUGAUUUUAAACAGCAAAUGCCCAGUUCAGUGAAAGAGAGGAUCAAACACGUCAAUAAAUUAGCUUUAUUUCA